AUGAGCUCAACCUUCACCGUUCUGUACUCUACUCCCCCUCCGUCACGUCACCCCCUUCCAUCAUCCUCUGACCACAGGGAGGGCGUGGUGGGGGCGGAGCGGCCGGUGUGGGAGGGCGUGGUGAGGGAGGGCGUGGUGGGGGUGGAGCGGCCGAUGUGGAUAGGGAAGAUGAGGGCGAGGGGGGGCAAGUGGGUGCUGGAGGAGACGGGGCGCAAGGCAGGGGAGUUUGACUUCGUCGUCAUUGCACACAACGACCCUCACACCUCUCGCAACCCUCCCACAUCUCCCAGCUCAAUACCACCUUCCUACUCUCCCCCUUCUGAUAUCUCCCAACCCCCCCCCCUUCCUCUCCAACCCCCUCCCUUCUUCACCACCUCACAGCGCCUCGAGCUGAGUUCCAUCUGGGCGUCGAUCAUCGCCUUCGAGUCGCCUCUGCUGGCCAAUGGCAGCGUGCCACGUGGGCACUUCGACGCCGCCUUCGUGGAGGGCGUGCCAGCUGUCGCGUGGAUGUGCAACAACACCGCCAAGCUGGCGGAGGGGGGCGGCGCGGGGAGAGGGGAUGGCGGGGAGGGAUCGGGUGUGGUGCGGAGGGGUGAGGGCGUGGAGUGCUGGACGGUGUUCAGCAGUGCGGCGUAUGGCAAGCGCAACAAAGUGCCCCAGGUGGGUGGGAGGGACAGUUUUGAGAGCACCAAGGAGAACAUCCCUCUAGCCAGGGCAGCGCGAGUGAAGGAGGAGAUGCUGGACGGCGUGGCAGCAGCGCUAGGGCGGCCCAAGGACUCGUUGCCUGCGGUGCUCUUCCACAAGAUCCAGCUCUGGGGAGCGGCACUGCCACUGAACGCCCCGACAACAGCAGCAGGGGGCGGCGUGGAGUGCAUAAUGGACGCCUCUACUCGCGUGGGGCUGUGUGGCGAUUGGCUGCUCGCCCCCUCCGUGCAGGCCGCUGCCAUCAGCGGGCUCGCCAUGGCUGACAAGAUUGCCGCGUUCCACGAAGACGCAGCAGGCAGCGACCCGGCGCUCUUCUCGGUGGGCCUGGAUGCGUCCUUUGCAGCGGUGGCUGAUGCGCAUGACAUCGGUGCGUUCCCAGACGCCAUGGCAGCAGAGUCGAACGGCAGCACACGUGGUGUUGUUGCAGCACAUGGGGUGCAAGUGGCUGCGUGA